GUUUACUGUCGAGAUUCACCGUGAAAAGUUGUCACGAGAAAAGUGUCGCACGCGUGCGCUUAGGACGCAGAAGUGAAAAUUUUUCAUUCGGCUGUCUUGUGAAACGUGUGUAGUUCGGAACUCGCGUCGGAUAAACCAAGAUUUUUGGUCGAAAAAAUUGAAAGAAGUGAUCAAAAAUAUUGUUAAUUCAUCGAUCGAAUGCAGUUGAGUGUAUCAGUGAUGGAAAUGAGGUGAAAAUUGCAACGGAAUUCUGCAAAAAGUGAUUUCAAGUGGACGAGAAAAAUCUCAAGUGAUUCACAUGCAGAAGAAAAGUAUGGGAAGCAAAUAAGAAGAUUGUCUGUCUUGAAAGGAAAUAUUUUCUUGAAUGCUGAUACAGUGUAAACAACAACAAUGCUUUGAAGUUGUUUGACAACAACUAUCGAAAGCCGGUGCUUAGUAUAAAUAAAACAUCUAUUUGUUGAUUUGAUCAACUUCAGUAAUUACUUCAAGUUACGUAACCGAAUAAAGCGACGAUAAUAAAAAAAAAGUGUGUCAACUCAGUCUUGGUCAUAUUCUGAGGUAACGUGGUCAUCCAAAUGCCGAACUGGUGAAAAAUCGAGAAAAGUGAGCACAUGCCAUCGGAAAAAUGAUUAAUAGGAAAAGAAUGUUGUUGCUGUUGCUCGUAUUGGCCGCCAAUUUCGGCGUGUUCCACGCGUAUAACAGCGAUGCAGACGAAACGGUCGAGCACAUCAAGAUCGGUGGCCUGUUUGACGGAGACACCGACGAUGCCAUGCUUGCCUUCCAGUACGCCGUCGAAGCGGUCAACAACGAGAAGCUUGCGUUUUCCAACUAUAGACUGGAGGCCCACCCGAUGACGGUCAAGUACGGCGAUCAGUUCGACGUGUCCAAGAAGCUGUGCCGACUGCUAAAGUCCGGCGUGGCAGCCAUUUUCGGACCAAGCUCGCCAAAGUCGGCGGUCCACGUGAACAGCAUCUGCGACGUCAAGGAAAUGCCCCAUAUCGAAACCCGCUGGGACGCCCACACUCGUCUACCCACAAUCAACAUCCAUCCGCAUCCGACGAUCCUCGGACGGGUCUUCCUCGAUCUAGUGGUGGCAUUCGAAUGGAAGGAUUUCACCAUCAUUUAUGAAUCGGGCCCCUGGCUACCAGGUUUGGCAGAACUGCUGAAGAUGUACGACCCCAAGGGUUACACCGUAACGGUUCGUCAGCUGGAUCUCAAGUUGAACGGAAACUUCCGACCCGUGCUUCGCCGCGUCAAAAUGUCCGACGACAAACACAUCAUCCUAGCGUGCUCGAUCGAAUCCAUGCCGGAGGUUCUGAAGCAAGCCCAACAGGUUGGGUUGAUGACCGAUCACCACCAGAUCAUCAUCACUUCGCUGGAUUUGCAUACGAUCGAACUGGAACCGUACCAGUACAGUGGAACGAACAUUACCGGCAUCCGGAUGGUGGAUCCAGAGGAGGAGAAAAUCCACCAGGUUACAGAGUUCCUCAACGCAUCGCAGAUAUCGAAGACCUUGGAUUUGAAAGAGGGACUGAAUCCCGCAACGAUGCGCGUCCAAACGGCUUUGAUGUACGACGCGGUUCUAGUGUUUGCCGAAGCACUGCGACAUCUGAUCGGAAUCGAUCCACCGCAUCUUCUGGAGACGAUGUCGUUGAAGUGCGACGACGAUGACACGUGGCACAGUGGUCUUAGUAUUAUCAACUAUAUGAAGUCAUCUAUGAUCCAUGGGCUGACGCGGGGCGUAAGAUUCGAUCACGAAGGUCAUCGAUCGGAUUUCCUGCUGGAUAUUGUGGAACUUGGACCGGCAGGGUUGGAGAAGGUCGGCGUUUGGAACUCAACGGAAGGACUGAACUUCACGAGGAAGAAGGAACAGACGGCUCUAGCUUUUGAUGAUGGAACCCUUCAGAAUCGUACGUUUAUCGUAUUGACGGCAAUUUCACCUCCAUAUGGGAUGUUGAAGGACUCGCCGACCCGUCUGAGUGGGAAUGAUCGCUUUGAGGGGUUUGGAAUCGAUCUGAUUCAUGAGCUUUCGCUGAUGUUGGGCUUCAACUAUACCUUCGUCCUGCAGGAGGAUGGUGUGUACGGUUCGCUGAAUCGCGAAACCGGAAAAUGGAACGGAAUGGUCCAGGAACUGUUGGAGUGGCGUGCGGAUUUGGCCAUUACGGAUCUAACGAUUACGUCGGAUCGCGAGAGCGCCGUAGAUUUCACGAUGCCAUUUAUGAACCUGGGUAUUUCGAUUCUGUACCGGAAACCAACCAAGGAACCUCCAUCGCUGUUCUCCUUCAUGUCUCCGUUUUCGAAACAAGUUUGGUUAUAUUUGGGCGGAGCUUAUAUGAUGGUGUCGAUGUCGUUGUUCAUCCUGGGUAGGCUUUCGCCGAAGGAAUGGGAUAAUCCUUAUCCUUGUAUCGAGGAGCCGGAAGAGUUGGAGAAUCAGUUUAGCUUCAGUAAUUCGAUGUGGUUCACGAUCGGUGCUUUGCUUCAGCAAGGUUCAGAAAUUGCUCCCAAAGCUUCCUCAACGCGUGCCGUGGCGUCCAUCUGGUGGUUCUUCACGCUCAUCAUGGUUUCGUCUUACACUGCCAACUUGGCUGCUUUUCUCACGGUCGAACAGAUUCACUCGCCGAUCAGCAAUGCGGAAGAUUUGGCGGCGGCCAGUGGAACAAUCAAGUACGGUGCCAAGCGUGACGGCAGUACGUUCAGUUUCUUCAAAGAUGCGGAGUAUAAGACGUAUCAGAAGAUGUACCAGUACAUGUCGGACAAUCCGGACCUGUUGACUUCAUCGAAUCCGGAGGGGUUGCAGCGAGUCAAGACGGAAAACUACGCUUUCCUGAUGGAGUCCACUUCGAUCGAGUACAUUAUUGAGCGAGAGUGCGACGUGACGCAGAUCGGUGGGUUGCUGGACGAUAAGGGUUACGGUAUUGCGAUGAGGAAGAAUUCCCCCUACCGUAGUGCUCUGAGCGAGGCAGUUCUUCGACUGCAGGAGCAAGGCGUCCUAACAUCUCUGAAGCGUAAAUGGUGGAAGGAGAAGCGAGGCGGUGGUGCUUGCUCGCAAGGUUCCGCAGACGAUGGCGCCGAAGAGCUAGGCAUGGACAACGUCGGUGGUGUAUUCUUCGUUCUCUGCGUCGGUUGUUCCAUAGCUUUGGUCAUCGGCUGUUGCGAACUGCUCUGUGAAAUUUCCAAACUCGCCCGACAGCACAAGGUCUCCUUCCGCGAAGAGCUGAUGACCGAGUUGCGGUUCGUGGCCAAGUGCUCCGGCAACACGAAACCCGUUCGGCAUCGGAAGAGCUCGUCCGGGUCACGCAACUCGUUGGAAUCCGGCCUAUCGGAGCAACAGUCAGCCGACGGUUUCAAGAUGGACCUCUCCGGACCGGUUGGGGCAUCGGGGGGCGGUGCCCAACAGGCGAACGGCAAUGGGAAGUCAUCGCUCAACGUGCAGCUGAAGUCGAACGGCCGGAAAAUGGCGAUGGACGAUUGAAAGAUGUUGGCCAGGGCAAGUUCAGCUAGGAAGUUAAAGAUUGACAGAUGUUUAGGAGCUGUGUGAUUUAGUUCGAAUAGUGCAGAGUUCGAUUAUUUAAAACUGUAAAAACACCUACGAUGUACAAGGUGCGAUAUUUGAUUGCUUUUAAUUAGUGUGCGAAUCAUAUGAUGGUUCAAUAAAAGAGCUUGUUAUUUUGAAUUUGAAAA